AUGUCUUUUAUCCCCAGAAAGCGAUCAUUUGCUUUACCAUUAUUCCAAAAGAGUUUUACGUCAGUGUUACGUCUGCACGAGCUACGUUCGUUUAUCAGGAGUCUUGUCUUUGAUGAUCACCUUAAAUUAAGCCUGUUCUCCAAAAAUAUCUGCCAGGCCACAACACUAUCUAUCUAUCUAUCUCUGUUCAAUAUCUAUCUAUCUAUAUAUCUAUCUAUCUAUCUAUGUUCACUAUCUAUCUAUCUAUCUAUCUAUCUAUCUAUCUAUCUAUCUCUGUUCACUGUCUAUCUAUCUGUUGUGGCCACCGACGACUGUCCAGGCACGACACACGUCCGGCUACGGCAAACGAAGACAUUCGACGAACUUUGGCAUUCUACGGGACUUACGCACAUGCCUCUUAAGGCGCAUUACGAGAGUCCGGCUACGGCAAACGAAGGCCUUCUACGGGAUUCUACGGCGCAUUACGCCGGCAUGAAGGCCUUCUACGGGAUUUAUUACGGGGGAUCCGGCUACGGCAAACGAAGGCCUUCUACGGGACUUACGCACAUGCCCCUUAAGGCGCAUUACGGGAGUCCGGCUACGGUAAACGAAGGCCUUCUACGGGACUUACGCACAUGCCCCUUAAGGCGCAUUACGGGAGUCCGGCUACGGCAAACGAAGAAGGCCUUCUACGGGACUUCUUACGCACGCCCCUUCUAA